UUCAUUUUCCCAUAGUCCAAAAUUUCCUCUUUUUUGAACUUUUGAUAAUCUAGGAAAAUAUGGCUAUGAUUUCAAGAUUAUUGAUGUUGUCAUUGUUUAUCAUGUUAAUCUCUUUGGCGCAGCGUAAAGGGAUGGUUAAGGGCUUUGACGAAGAUGCAAAAGCGCUUUGUAGUGUGAAUCUUGCUCAAUUUCUUCCUCCUCCUUAUGGUGGUCUCGAAAAUAUGAUCUGCCAACCUGUUUGGAAUUCGUACCUCCUACGCUACUCACAGACGAAAGACAAUGUUGUAACGAUUGUGUUAUCAACUGUAUACACAACUGGAUGGGUAGGUAUGGGAUUCUCGCGAGAUGGAAAGAUGAUUAAUUCGAGUUGUAUGGUUGGUUGGGUGAAUCCUGAAGGGCAGGGGAAAAUCAGGCAAUAUUAUGUUGAGGGCUUAACACCCUCGAAAAUUAAACCUGAGAAAGGCGAGUUGCCACUGACAAGCGUUCCACCUCUCGUCUAUCUACAAGGUGCUACGAUAUACUUAGCCUUCCAGCUGAAGUAUCCGAAUCGUCUCAAAAACCAACCAAUCUUGCUAGCAUUUGCUACUAAAUAUCCUCACCACCACCACCUUACUGUACAUGAUGAUAAAACAACUAUACUCUUCGACUUCUCUUCAGGUAAUUCAUUUGAUGUUUCAGCUGGAUCUAAUGAUUAUACUAGCUCAAGGAAGACUCAUGGGGUAUUGGGAAUACUGGGAUGGGGACUGUUCUGCCCCUUUGGAGCGAUUUUCGCGAGAUAUUUAAAGAACCAAAGAUCAUGGUAUUACUUCCACGUGUCCGCUCAAUUCAUAGGAUUCAUAUUAGGAUUCGCGGGAGUGGUUCUUGGACUUCAACUUCACAACAAGCUGCAGGUUCAUAUUCCAGCACAUGAAGGCAUUGGGAUUCUUGUUCUUGUGCUUAGCAUUCUUCAGGUGUUAGCAUUCUUUCUACGACCAGAUAGAGACAGCAAAUACCGCAAGUGUUGGAAUUUGUAUCAUGGUUGGGUGGGGAGGAUUGCCCUCUUCUUUGCAGCUAUAAACAUAGUACUGGGAAUGCAUUAUGCAGGCGCGGGGGAAGGCUGGAAAAUAGGUUAUGGAUUUCUUCUUGGUAUGAUAAUGCUGGUGUGUAUCGUUCUUGAGACGUUGUUGAGGCUGAAGAAGCUGGACGACCCAACUCAUCUUCCAACCUAUCCCAUGAAUUCAAUUUAGCUAUAAAUGCAGAAUACUGUUAUAGAGAACAGAAGACAUGUUUGAUGCUAGAUUUUGCCUGUCAAGUCAUUUUUGGAUCAAGUUUCUUCCACAACUAGAGUACACUUUGCCAAAAUUGUAUUUGAAUACCCCCUCCGCAAUCAAUUUAGGUUCGAGAUGUUCUUCCGAGGGGACUUUGCCAUGUUCUGUUCAAGGAUCAAACAAAUUCUCGAUCAGGACUACUGAUCAAGAAAGAAUUUUAACUUUCCAUUUUGUAUUUUACAUUCUUUAGUACCUUUAAAUGUAUUGACAAUUUUGUUUAAGAGUGAAGAUUGAUUAUUUGUGGAGAUUAAAGGCAAAGUUGUAUGAAAUGAACAGUGUGUAAUUUUCCCUGUUA